UCGGAAUGUUAACCCAGUGGAUCUCCCUAGUCUCCAGCGUCAUUCUAAUAUCUGCUGAAAGUAAUACCGAUCGGAUUUUUGAAGGUCACUCGGUGCCCAUUUCUGAGAUUCCAUGGCAGGCUUCUCUUCAUAGAAAUGGAAAACAUACUUGCGACGCUGUUAUUUACAAUGAUCGGAUUGUUAUUACGACGGCUCAUUGCAUUCCCACAGAUAAUAAUACUGAAAUAACAAUCCGAGCUGGCUCAUCCAUGAGUAACUCCGGUGGUCAGGUAGUCAAAGUUUCAAGAAUCGAAAUACACGAAGGAUUUGGACAGAGUUUGUCCAACGAUAUAGCCGUAAUCCGACUUCAGUCCCCUCUCCAAAUGGGUGUCAACGUUAAAUCCAUCCCACUGGCUAAUAGUUCUCCAAAACCUGAAUCUUUUGCCUCGGUUUCUGGAUGGGGACCUGUAGGAUGUCAUCAUGCAGAUUCUAGCUCUCUACUGCAGACCAAAGUGAACAUUGUGGAUAUGGAUAGCUGUCAGAAGAUCUAUGUCCAAGGGGGUUCUGGAGGACCUCUGGUAUCGGAUGGAAAACUUAUUGGCAUCGUUACAUUAGGAAAUGGUUGUGCUCAUCCGGACUAUCCUGCGAUUUAUAUUGAUGUGGCUCAGCUGAAGUCCUGGAUAUUGAAGGCUAUUCAACAGGUUUUAUGUCCAUGUUCAAAAAAGUAUAAUAAUAUAAAAAGGUUAACAAUGUUACAGGACUAUGGACUAUGGGGUGGGGAUAAGGAAUCGGUGGAUAGGGCGUAA